AUGGCUGAGCCACUUCCGUUACACGGCCUUGCCCUGCGGGCAUGUGCACAACUCGAAACCGCAUGCUACAUUGCCACGCACCAGCAGGAGGCGCUCCGCGGAUUGUCGCCGACCUUGAGGGCCAUGCUCUUGACCAGCUGGACAAACAAACGGGUGUACGGGUCGAGCGCGCGUGCCGACUCUCUGCCAGGCCGCACCCUUGUCCGCCUCCUCCUGGCAGGUGGAGCCGCCGCCGAAAUCGACGCUCUCCUGCUCGGCCAGCCGGAAAUCCGGGCUCCCAGCGAACUCGUGCUCAUCCUUCUCACCCAGUGUCUGGCUGCCACUCCGCUCGAUCGGCUCGUCCUCGAUUUCACCGGCGCGGCACUCACCGGUGAACUUCUGCUUGAGCUUGCACAACAAUUUCGGGUGGUUCGCGGUAUGUCGAUCCGAGGCGGGCGGUGGCUGUACCCAGAUGACCUGGCGGCAGUGUUUGCAGCGCUCGAGCCGAACACUCUCGAGUGGCUGAACGCCGAGUGGGUGAGCCGACUCGACGACAAAGCGUUCUGCGCCCUGGUGGCGAGCCACGGCGCAUCGCUGCGCAUCGUCGACGUCUCGCACGCAACGCGACUGACCGACGCCGCGCUUGACGCGCUCAUCGCCCAUGUGCCGAACCUCGAGUACAUUGGGCUCCGUGGGCUUACCAGGCUCACCCUCGACGGCCUCCGGCGGCUGACGGCGGCGUUCCCCAACCUCGACGCGCCCACCGGCCAAGGAUGCGGCAACCACAUUCGGCCGGCGGCUGCGGGGCACUGGCGCCUGCAAUGA